AUGAACAAUUUCAGUUCCGAACAAGUUAGGUGGCCAGUUCCUUGGAAUUUAGCUGUUAAUUCUGCUCAGCCUUCUCCUGUGGCCAUGGGGACAGUUGCAAUCUACAGCCUUUUCAUCAUCAACAAGUCUGGUGGCCUUAUAUACUACAAGGACUAUGGCUCAGCUGGGAGAAUGGACACCAACGACAGUUUGCGCCUCGCGAGUCUCUGGCACUCGAUGCACGCAAUCUCGCAGCAGCUGUCCCCUACCACAGGCUGUACUGGCAUUGACCUCUUACAAGCCCACAACUUCGACCUCCAUUGCUUCCAGUCCCUCACAGGGACGAAAUUUUUCGUUGUAUGCGAGACAGGCACUCAAAAUAUGGAAAUCCUGCUGAAAACGAUAUAUGAGCUGUACACAGAGUUUGUUUUGAAGAACCCGUUCUACGAGAUGGAGAUGCCAAUCCGGUGUGAGCUCUUUGACCUCAACCUAGCCCAUGUCAUCCAGAAGGACCGUGUCGCACUUCUGGGCCGGUGA